AUGCCAAAAACUCCUUCUGUGACACUUAAGUUUGCAUCAAACAACAGCUUUGUGGUCCAUAAUCCUGUUUUUGUGAUCCAUGGCACAGAGGGAGUUGUUGGAUUUUGCCUAGCCAUACAGCCAGCAGAUGAGGAUGUUGGGACAAUUGGACAGAACUUCAUGACAGGAUAUCGCAUGGUAUUUGAUCGAGAAAAUUUGAAACUGGGUUGGUCAGGCUCCAAUUGUGAGUACACAUGCUCUGGACAAUAUUUCAACACUGCACUUUGUAGAUUAUGUGUAAUUUUAUGUACUAUACCCAAUGGGCUGGUAUCAUUCAUGUCAGUUGGAAUCCUUAUAGCAGGUCAAGAUCUUGGUGAUGGUAAGAGAAUGCCGCUGACUCCGCCUAAUGGUAGUUCCCCUCUGUUGCUGUAUAGAACUGUCUCAUACCUUUCAAGUUGGGCACUGGCAUUGCCCAAGAGAGUAAUAUUGUAUCUCUGGUCCUAUGUACCUAUUUCCCCAUAGAGUAAUACUUUGCAUCCCUACCAAACGGUCCUUUGGCAGGGUUGCCUGAUAAACACAAGAUUUCUUAUGUUUGUAUUUUAUUCGUUUUCCUUUAUUUGGUGUAAUGUGCUGUAUUUUACUAUUAUCACCUUUGUGAUUCGUAUAUUAUUCUCCAUUUUGGCUAUCUGUAUGCGUUGUUCCACAAUAUUAUUAUCAUUGUCCCUUUCUUCUCUGCCAGAAGAAGUGCUAUUCAUG